AUGGAGGACGCGGGGCUGACCCUGGACGACCUCCCCGACGAGCUGCUGAUGCGCAUCCUGGCCCAGGUGAAGGACCCCUUCGAGCUGCUCACGGUGGUGCCGCUGGUGUGCAAGCGCUGGCACGCCGUGCACCGCGAGCCCGAGACGUGGGCGCAGGUGCGCCUCGAGGAGUACGCCGCCGAGGACGACGAGGACGCCAAGUGGGAGCUGGUGAACAUCCUGCAGCGCGCGCCCUACGUGCAGUACCUGUCCGGCGACUUGCUGCGCAGCCCCGAGAUGUUCGCGGCGGUGGCCAGCAGCGGCGUCGUGGUGGAGGAGUACCGCCAGCCGUACCACCACAAGUACGAGUUCGUCCGGCCGGAGCGCCUGCCCAUCCUGCUGGACAUGCUGUACCGCAGUCGCCACGUGAUCCGCGUGGCCGAGGUGGAGCUGGACAACUACGGGCACGAGCGCGUAGUCGACAGCGGGGGCAGGAAUGCGCUGGAGGUGCUGCUGAGCCUCAAGAAGCUGGAGGAGCUGGUGGUGCGUGGCAGAUCGGAGCUCCCCUACCACGGCGAGCUGGCCCAGGGCCUGCCGUGCCUCAAGAAGCUCAAGGUGUCCGAGUGCGGGUUGGGAGGCAUCCUGGACCAGGUCAUGUCGACGGACCUGAUUCGCGGCAGCAAGAAGCUGCGCUGCAUCAAGCUGGUGCCCGUCGGGUGCACGGGGGAGAGGACGGGCAUCAUGCGCCUGCAGCAGGAGUGCCUGAAGGAGGCCAAGAACUGCCCGCGCCUGGAGGCGGUGGAGCUGAGCGUGGGCACCACGGACUGGCACAACAGCCGGCGGCUCGCCAAGUACAUCCGGGAGCUGCUCCAGACCUUCGAGGGCUUCUCGCCCACCCUGCGCCGCAUCGACAUCAGCGUGCAGCUGGUGUGGUACGGCAUGCGCGAGGCAGACGACGCCACCUACGACCGCACGCUGGCCGCCUGCGAGGAGGAGGCCACCAAGCUGAAGCGCGUCAACCGCGCCCUGGAGAUCACGUUCGCCUGCACCCAGGGCCACCCCGAGCAGGUCAUGCACGGAGGCGACCCCGACAACGACGGCUGGCGGCAGCUCGUCGGCCCCAACGACCGCGUCGUGUACCACUGGUGAACGCCUGGUGAACACGGUGAAUGCCUGGAACACCGGUGAAUACCUGCUGAGCCAAUGACCCACUUUUCAACGUCAAUGCUCGCCAAAUUGAUCCUGUCCCGAGGGGGAAAUCACUCUUAAAACCUGCGACCCGACUAUUACGUCUA